GAACGCCAUGUUUAAAAAGGGAACUCGCAUAAAGAACAUUCGUCGCAAGAUAGAAACCAGCGACGAUGAAAGCCAAGAUAAAACCAACAUUGAGACCGAAGUAAAGCAAACCAUCACAAAGAGUUUGGUUGAAAAGAAAAAGAAGAAAGAAUCUAAGAAAUCACUCGGCCUGAGUUUUGAAGAUGAGGAAGAAGAAGAAAGUACAUUCCAAAUUAAAAAGAGUAAAGCCAGUCGACGGUUAGCUACCGGACGCACAUUACCAACAUUAGAUUCCACCGAAAAAUCCAAUGAAGAUACCACAUCAUCAGCAUCGUACACUGCAGAAUUACUUGAAUCGCUUCGUGCAAACACACCAAGCAUGCCUGCAAAUUUAAAGAAUUCGACCAUGACCGACGAUGAAGCUCUAUUGGCAGAAAAGUUUCCUACACUGAUGAAUGCUCAGAUUGGAUCUACAGGAAUACCUGAUGCUAAUGCUAUUCAUGCUGCAAAAAAGAAGCGUGAAUUGUUACGUAAAGGUGUUCACAUUGUGGAUCAAGAAGAUGACUUUAUUUCUCUGGACAGUGCAACAGAAAACUCACGCUUAAUACGUGAAGAAGAUGAAAUUGGGGAUGAUGGUGGCGCAGAGUAUGAGAGAUAUGUUGGCGAAGACCUCUCCUUGAACAAGUCUACUGCAAAAAAACAGGCAAAGGAACGUAGGGAUGGCGUAAGAGAGAUGAUUGAAGUUGCUCAGGAAGAUGAUGAAGAUGAAGACGACUUGGCACGAUGGGAGAAGGAUAUGAUAAAGAACGGAGGAGUGCGAUCCCAGUAUAAUCAUGCCGAAAAGGAUCCUUUCAAAACACCCCUAGAUUAUAAAUCUGCUCAGAUUCCGUUGGAAACUACUCUGCCAAGUAUGGCGGAUGUCAUGCUUAGACUUGAUGUGACAUCUAGCCAAUUGACCCACUCUCUCGAUGAAGAAGGCACUCAGAUCAAAAACGCUGAGAAGAAUCUGAAGAAUGCUAAUGCAUCUACAGAAGACCUUGAUAAAGAGAUCGAACGUUCCAGCAAACGAUACAACUACUUCCAGGAACUUAUGGGUUAUGUGAAUGAUCUUGGUGAGAUGUUGGAUACAAAGUUCCCUGAAUUGACUAAACUGGAGGAGGAAGCCCAUGCUCUGUUCUUCACAAAGUACGAAGUAGUUACUGAACGACGAUGGGAGGAUGAUUUGGAUGAUCUCUCUUUGUUUGCUAUUCUCCCCCAAAUGGAAGAAGUUGAAAGCGAACAAGUUGAUGAAUUUGGUCGGGUGAUUGAGGUAAAAUCCUCUGAAAGCUCUCGCCAACGAAGAAGAGAAGAACGUGCAGCACGGAUACGAAAGAGAGAUAUGGAAGAUGAGGAUGUGGCUAUGUGGACCGAUGAUGAUAUGCAAGAAGAAUGGGUGUUGCAAAAAGAAGACAGGCUAGAGACAAUUCGGACGCAGAAGAUAGCUGAUCUCCUUUCUGAUGUGAGCGAUGAUUUCAAGCCAUUGCGUUCAGUGAUGGAUCGAUUUGGGGCUUGGAAGACAGAGUUCUAUGAUGACUAUCAAAAGGCAUUUGGCAGUUUGAGUUUGCCAGGUGCAUUUGAGUUCUAUGUGCGAUGCGAGCUCGUGUCAUGGGAUCCCUUUGAGGAAGCAAUUGAUUUCGAUUCAAUGAGGUGGCAUUCUGUCCUGUCGGACUAUGGUGUGAUUGAAGGAGAGGAUGGACAUGAAGAUGCAGAUGUGGAACUAUUGAAUAAGGUGGUUGAGAAGGUGUUGAUCAAAAGACUAAAGGGACUGUUGGACAUUUUGAAUCCUGCCUCGACAAGGGAGAUGCGCCACGCUGCCCAAGCGUUUGAACAGGUCUCUUACUAUGUUGAAAAGAAGGAGAAUGCUUAUCAGGAUCUUAUUAGUGCAGUGAUAUCCAGUUUGGAGAGGCAAUUAAUACGCUAUGCAGACUUCAUUGAGCGUGUAUCACUCAAAACUGAUAUAGACGAAAAGGCUAAGUUGGCCAAGUCACGGUUCUUCCAUCGCCAGUGUAAAUAUCUCAAGACAUUGACCUUCUGGCGUCGAUAUAUCCCCAAAGACACCCUGUCAGUGCUGGGUGACAUGGUGAUGAACCGAAUCCUCGCCCCUUUGUUGCGACCUCGUCUAGAUGCCCAAGAUAGCCAACUAGAGGCACAUGGCUUAGAAUUGCUAGCUCGUAUUCAACAAUAAUAACACGCAUUUUUACACCUUUUGUUAGCAGAGAUAAUAUAAUAAUAGCAUGUAAAAAUAAUAAUAAUAAUGGCAAAUGUAUAAAAUUAAUUGGCAGGAGCAUGUACACAAGUCUUAAUUGAAUCUAUCUUCUUCGCUUGAUGCGGGAAGGAUGACUCUGAAUGGGUCCUGCCAGUCGCUGCAGUUGAGUUAAACCUGGCUUAGCUAUAAUCUGGAUAUGCACAGCCGAGUUCGUUCUCUCCUGUGUCUUCAGGUCUUCAUCCAUGUCUUCUGGAACGACGUCAUCCACUAGAACCACACUUUCUGUGGUAGGUUUAAGAUCCACUUGGUGAUUCAUAGCUUCCUGAACAGCCAAUGCCACUGACAGACAGUUUUUAAUUGUUGCUCCCAAAGCAUGCAGCGUCACUUUGUUGUUUCUCUCAUUGAUCAUAAGACGUUUUAUUCUUUUGACGAUCGCAAUUGUCUUACUCUUGUGAGAUAGGUAGAUGUGAGUAGGAUCAGCAGCUGGUCUCUGAGGUGUUCUUUUGUGAAUGACACCUUCUACUUUCUCCCGUUUAUGUUUGCUUAAUUCUUUCAUUAGU